UAUGUCUCCACUGCGGCAAAGUCUGUACCGAAAACAGUCUUGAAGCUUUGAAACAGUGUUGUACAUUUAUAUUGUGCCAUGUACAUGUCCGUUUAGAAAUCGAGCACUUCAGCUCAUUUCUUGUAUACUUUUCGUAAGCCUACUCUACGGGGUUGGAGAGAGGGUUCCCGCCGCUACAACUGGCGUAACAAAAUCUGUUUGACUUCUGCAACUGAAGUGGACCUUCCCGACAUGGAGUACACGUCCUCCCCGAAGCCCCAGCUCUCCUCUCGAGCGAAUGCGUUUUCUAUCGCUGCUCUUAUGUCAAGUGGAAAAACGAAAGACAAGGAAACAGAAGAAAAUACUAUCAAACCAUUGGAGCAAUUCGUGGAAAAGUCAUCCUGCAACCAAAGCCUGGCAGACCUGUCCAGUCUGGAAGUCCACGCCGACUUCAGCGGAAACACGCCGCCGAUCUGCACGGAGCCGCUCAUCCCCACCACACCGAGUGUACCCAGCGAGGAGAUGGCGAAAAUCAGCUGCAGCCUGGAAACCAAGGAACUCUGGGACAAGUUCCACGAGCUCGGAACAGAAAUGAUCAUCACAAAAUCCGGCAGAAGAAUGUUCCCAACCAUCCGCGUGUCUUUCUCUGGGGUAGACACAGACGCCAAAUAUAUAGUGCUGAUGGACAUUGUUCCCGUGGACAACAAGAGAUACCGAUACGCCUACCACAGGUCAUCCUGGCUCGUGGCAGGGAAAGCGGACCCCCCUCUGCCAGCACGGCUGUACGUGCACCCAGACUCCCCUUUUACCGGCGAACAAUUGCUGAAGCAGAUGGUGUCCUUCGAGAAAGUCAAGCUUACAAACAACGAGCUGGAUCAGCACGGCCAUAUCAUCCUGAACUCCAUGCACAAGUACCAGCCCCGUGUCCACAUCAUCAAGAAGAAAGACCACACCGCUUCGCUGCUCAACCUGAAGUCAGAGGAGUUCCGUACCUUUGUCUUCACCGAGACUGUUUUUACCGCAGUCACCGCCUAUCAGAACCAGCUGAUAACCAAGCUGAAGAUCGACAGUAACCCCUUUGCCAAAGGCUUCAGGGACUCCUCCAGGCUGACUGACAUCGAGAGGGAAAGUGUUGAGAGUUUGAUCCACAAGCACUCGUAUGCCCGGUCGCCCAUACGGACAUACACCGGGGAGGAGGACACGAUGGGCGAGGACGGGCACGCCACCCACGGCCGCGGCUCUGCCUUCACGGCCUCUGACAACCUCUCCCUGAGUUCCUGGGUGACCACCGCGUCCGGAUUCUCGGGGUUCCAGCACCCCCAGUCUCUGUCGGCCAUGGGGACCAGCUCGGCCGCCCUGGCCAGCCCUCUGCCUCACCCCAUUCAGGGCUCCCUGCCCCCCUACAGCCGGCUGGGCAUGCCCCUCACCCCCUCUGCCCUGGCGGGCAGCAUGCAGGCCAGCGGACCCACCUUUCCCUCCUUCCACAUGCCCCGCUACCACCACUACUUCCAGCAGGGGCCCUACGCUGCCAUACAGGGACUGCGGCACUCCUCCACGGUCAUGACCCCUUUCGUAUGAACCCGCCCCAGCCAUCCGCAUCCCUCCUCACCGCCACCUUCAUCAUCACCGUCAUCGCCAUCACGGUCCGAACCCUCGUCCUUCCACCUCAUUGUAAAUACCGUAUCUGAAUAAGGAACAUCGAAACGACCCGGGGGUGCUGGCUCUCGACAGCUUCCCGGUGAUGAAACGGAAACGGGAUGUUGAUUCGCCGCCGGGACUGAGACUGACGUAUCAGGCGGCACCGACAGCCCUCUUCUCUUCUCCUCCGUGAGCGACCUGUCACAUUUAUCAGUGGAAAUAAUGAAAUUAAAUAACUGAGUGGCACAGCAGGGGGACACUGGCUGGCCUGGACUGGACAGUGCCGCCAUUUUGUCUGCACCUGACACAUCACAGGCCCAGCUCAAGCAGCACUGAACUGUGCUGAAAGGUUGAACUGUGCCUUCCCCGGGGUCAGACCCUGCCCCAGCCUGUCAUACCACACCUGUGAACCUACAUGGGAGGCACUCACCACUGGACAUAAAUACAGCCGUCUGAAGACCUGAAGCCUACUGUGGGGGCAUUGAACCAUGUCUGGGUUUGAGUUGGCCAGGCUUUUUUUUUAUUAUCCAGGUUGUGUCCAUAUCCAAUGACAACACAGAUCCUAACAGCACUGUCUCCCCCCUUCCCCUGCACAAACACUCAUCUACAGAGAUCAAUGUUAAUAACAAUAAUAAUAAGAUAUGAUAAUAGAUAGUGAUACAAAUGCACUACAGAGCACAUAGGAGCUUUCUUAGUGCCAUAAAUUAAAAAGCAUGCUCGAGUCUAUAGUCUGCCGCUGAACUCACUAAGAAAAACCAAACAACAUUUCAACAAAAAGGGUUUGUUGUAAUUGAAACUCUUUCCCUGGUUUACUUUGGCUCAAUAUACACUUUUGCAGGAAGUAUGUUGAACACUUGUUUAUCAUUAUUGGCUUUUUAUUCACUACAGAGAAUCUUUAUUUUAUUUGAAGCCUUCUGGUAAUAUUUCAUUGUGGGAGACAAACUAAAAUAUACUUUGCAUAUUCUUAACCAUUGAAAACACUACAUUCAUUGAACUUCUUCCACAUAAAACUCUUUUUUAAAUUGCAUAUCCUGUGGUAAUGGUUGGCUAUUCAGGGCAUGAGCCCAGAGUGAAAUCCAUUCCUGUAAUCAUACUUUGUCUAUCAACAAUCACUAACUAGAUGCUCUCCCGUGCUGUCAAGCAAAGUUUUGAAAUUCUAUUUCAGCAUGUCAAUAUAAAUAGUAAAAUGUCCAAAAAAGGUUUGGACAGUUACCAUAAUUCUGAAAAAGAAAUAUUUGUAUUUUCUUACACUUGAGCAAGUCCAAGUGUACAUGCCUUUUGUGGGCAAACAAAGAACUAACCCUGGGUUGACUGUUGGGGUAGUGCUCUGUUGAACAGUAGGGGGAAAUCAUGUUCAUUUGAAUCAUACCUGCUGGGUACCUUGUUGUAAUGGGUUGUCAGUCCUGUUACCUCAAUGUGACAGAAACCCAAAAUGUCAAAUGUAUUAUGAUGUUUGUAACAUUCUCUCUAUGUCACAAUAACAAAGACAUGCUGGGGAGAUGUGUUAGCGGGUUUAGUGAGGUACAAAGUAUAGGGGGAGCCAAUCUAAUGGCAAUGAUUGAAGUCAAUGGUCAUCCCAAUAAGAGGACAGCCUUUUUUUGAAAAUACAAUGCUGGCUGAUAAUAGAAUAAUGGUGCAAUCUCAAAAGUAUCAGUCUUUUAAAAAGUGUGAAAGAAUGAUCUGAUUCUGUUCAAUUCUGAGUAAAAAAAAACAAGUGCUCAUUUUCAGCUUCUUUUUUAACUUUAAUUUCUGCUUUUUCAAGAACAGAAAGUGGUUUAGUUGAAGAUGACAUUGACAAAGUCCAGACUGUGUAAUUUAAUAAUUUGAUUUGGGCUGCGGUUCAGUGUAUACAAUUGUGAGGACCGCCAAUGUUACAUAAACUCCUGGGCCACUACAUGUUGAGAUGAAAGGCAAUAGGCAAGCAGCAGUGUUUUUUCCCUGUCAUUUGGACGCCUGGAAACCAAUCCACAGUCGCAAUAAAACACACUGGAAUUUCUAUCUGUCUUGAUCAGUUCAUGUGAGCUAUUUCUCAGUGCAUUUUAUUUUGUUGUGUUUCAUCCCCUUUUAUUACAAAAUUAAUCUCAUUUGUAUUUUAUGCUAUAGAAGCUUGUGCUUUCUGCUUUGUAUGCAUUUAAGAUGAGUUUUGACCUCUAAGAUCGACCCUUCUUUUGUUAUUUGACUCCUGAUUUCCUGUGUUCACGGAGGAGAAUCUUUGUAUGAAAAGUUACACCAUUGAAAAGAGAUGCAAAGAAUUAGUAUGUUUUUUGUUCGUUAUUUUUAUAGGCAUAUCCUGUAAAAUGUAACCUAAACAUCGAGCAACAUACAGUGUGUCAUUUGUUUUUCUUGUUGUUGAUUUUUUAAGUGCAAUAUAUUUAUUUCUGCUCUCAGAAAAUGAAAUGCAUAAUGUAAAAUUUGAGGCAUUCAAAUAGAUAUUUGUAAGCCAUGAAAAAAUAUAUCACCCUUUAAAAAGA